AUGAAACAUGGAUAUGAUUUGAAUAUCAUUUCUGAGGAAAGUUAUUUUGAAACAAAAAAAUAUUGUCCUCAUUAUAUUUUUGAUUUCAAAAAAUUUUGUAUUUUAAGUGAAAUAUUAAGAUUACCAUUAUUUUAUAAUAAAUAUGAUUAUGUAUUAAUUUUAGAUGAAAAUAUGAUUGUUCUUGAUUAUAAUAUUAAAUUAGAAUCAUUCAUACCAAGUAAUCCAGAUAUUCAUAUACAAUUAUUCAAUAAUCCUCAAACAUUAGAAUUUGAAAAUAAUGUAGUGUUUUUCAAGCCAACAAUAUUUACUGUAACUUUUAUUGCUAAAUUGGCAGAUUAUUUUUAUACAAUUAAUUCAAAUUCCAAAUAUUUACUUAAUAUUGACUCUGCUUUUUGGUAUUUAAUUAUUGAAGUUUUUAUUAAUAUAUCAAAUGAUAAAAAUGAUAUAACAAACUUAAAUUUAUCAUAUUACUUACAAAUAUGUAUAAAUGAAAUACGUAAUUUUAAAAAAAAUCAUUCUGAUUUUGAUGAAAAAAUAAAAUUCACCUAUUUGUCAUGUCUUAAAGAAAUAUUUUUAAAUAUUUACAAUAUAAGAAAAAAUCAAUUUACAUCAUAUAAGUAUACCAAAUAUAUUAAAAUUAAUGAAUCAUUAAUGUUAGGUAAUUUUUUCAAAUAUAUUAAUUUUUUUUCUCCUACACAUAGAUCAAAAAAUUCAGUUAAACAAUUAAUUGAAAAUGAAAAUUUUUAUAAUCAAACAAAAUUAUACUUUAAAUCAAAUUUUAAAAAACAAGAAAUAAAUGAAGAUUUUAGAAAUAUUUCUAAUUAUCAUUACAAUAUUUAUAUAAAGUCUGCUUUUAUUAUAUCAAACAAAUCUAUACGAUUAAGUAUUAUAAAAAAUAUUGAAGAUAAAAAUCAAUUGUAUUAUAGAUUACCUAAUGUAUCAAAUGAACCAAAAAAUUAUAAUAAAAUAAAAUUAUAUUGUCAAUCUGGUUCUUGUAUUGAAAAAGGACUAAAUUUAUGUACAACAAUUGGAUAUAUUGGUGAAAUUUAUAAUAAUAAUUUAUUAUUUCAUUUGAAAAAUAAUAAAAAAAUAUUUAUAACAAAAGAUAUUUUAAAAAUGAGUGAUAUUGAAGUUCCAUUGAUUGAUUCAAGAAUAGAUAUGAAUAAUAAUGGAAAAAUUUUAUAUAAACAUAUACUUGGAAUAUGUGUUCAACCAAUAUAUUUAUAUUUUGAUUACCCUACAAUAAUACGAUUUUUUGAAAAUUGGAUACUUGAAGGUGUAACAAAAUUUUAUAUAUAUUAUCAAAGUACUUUUGAUAAAAUUUUUGAAAUAAUUAAUGCAUAUAAAUUAAAAUUAAAUAUAGAUAUUGAAUUAAUUGAUUGGUCAAAAUUACCUUAUAAUAAUGAUGAUAAUCAAUUAAAUCCUAACACAAAAAUAUAUCGUUUGGAGGCUCAAUUGGCAAUUUAUGAUUGUAUGCAAAGAGCAAGAAAUAAUAUAAAAUAUGUUAUCUCAACUGAUCUUGAUGAAAUUAUAUAUGUUAGUAAAAAUAUUGAAAAUGGAAAUUUAAUAUCAUUUUUAGAAAAAGAAUCAAAAAAAUAUCCAAAUUCUGCUUUAUUUUCUUUUCAAUCACGUAGAGGAUACCUUCCAAUGAAUUGGGGUAUUGGUAAUCCAAAAAAUAUUAAUUUUUCAGUAUUUUCAAAUUUAAUAAUGGAUGUUGAUGUAUUUGAAAGACCAUUAUAUCAAAAAAAUAUUUAUCGCCCAGAACGUGUAAUAUCAUAUCAAAUUCAUUUGAUUAGAUCUCUUGAAUUUAAUCCAUUAACUAAUAAGAAAUACUCAUUUACUUUAAUACCAUCAUCAUCAGCUUUUAUAUUUCAUUUACGUAGAUAUAAAGAUUACUAUACUUAUAAUACAAAACAAGUUAAAAGUACAAUAUUAAAAAGAAAAUCACAACAAUGGGAUAAAAAUUUUAAAAAUAGAUUUAAGAAGUUAAAUUUUACAAACAAUGGUUGGUUAACUAAUAUACAUUAUAUAGGUUUGGAGUUAGAAAAUUGUCGAAAACGUGUAGCUAGAACAAUGGGACAGAUUAUUUGUCAAAGUAUAGAAGUUUGUGAAAAAAAAUUGAAAGUGAUUAAUGAUUAUAGAUUGAUAAAAGCGAAUAAUUCUUGGAUUAUCAUUUAA